UUUGAAGCGGUGGCGGGCGGGCGAGGAGAGCAGGCUGCUGCAGCAGUGGUGGCCAUGGAGUUGUCACCGGGCAGCGCUGGCUGCGGCAUCCUUACAGGAGUCGUUGCAUUUGUCGAUGUGUGGUCAUCCAACAGAACGGAAAAUUACUCUAAAAUGUUCUCACAGCAACUUCUGAGCCUGGGGGCAAAGGUUUCAAAAACGCUCAGUAAGCAAGUAACUCACGUCGUUUUUAAAGACGGCAGUCAAAGCACAUGGGACAAGGCAGUGAAGAAUAAGGUCAAGCUGGUGUCUGUCCUUUGGGUGGAGAAAUGUCGAGAGACGACUAAGCAUGUAGAAGAAUCUCUGUACCCGGCCAUCAACACAAAUAAUGGCUUACCUGAACUUACUAAGAAGAAGAGAAAAUGUAUGCAGCCCAAGGACUAUGUUGAAAAAACCCCCGAAAAUGACAAGCGACUUGCAAAAAAAUUUAAUAAAAUGUGUAAGCACCUCGAUGACCAAAAAGCAUCUAUUGAUAUCCCUCUUCUAUCAUUUGAUGAUGAUGGGACCUUACUGUACAGCCCUAAAGCAGUGGUCGCAGAUCGCUGCAAUGCCAUGGAAAGAAGAGUACAAGAGAUGAAGCAUAAAAGAGAGAAUUUAUCUCCUACAGCUUCUCAAAUGUCACAAACAUUUGAUUUUUCAUCACUGAAACCGUCACUUGGAAAUACUCCUUCUGGCAGAACGGACUCUCCACACGAGGAUGACUCCGGCUGUCUUAACGCUAGCUAUGAUGAACUUUUUCCGGUGAGGGAAGGCAGUGUUCCCAGCACUCCAAAGUACAAUAAAAUCCAUGUGGUUAAGGAAGACCCAGAUGAUUCAAUUGGUUCAAAGUCAAGUCUAUCACCUCAAAAAACUGACGGACGGAAAUCUAGUCCUCAAAGAGUAAUGAGGCGAUCAGGAACUCGGGCAAAGUGUCGGAAAUCAAGUCUGUUCAAACCUGCUGAUGGCACAAAUGCAAGUGACCGUCCAACACUAGUUACUAUGAAUGAUGACCCAGAUUUCGAUUUUACACCUAUGGCAACUAACGCUGUUUGUAAACUCGGCUUCGAUGCUAUAGCCAGGGAAACUACCAACUCUGCAAUACAAAUUUCUCGUAAGAACCCGAAGUCCGAUAAAAAAGUGAAAGCUGCUCAGCCUGCUCACAACACAACGGGCAGUGAUAGUGGGAGUGAUGCAUUUUCUGAGACGGCCUCUGAAAAAGGCAAAAUCUCAGGCUUGGACUAUUCAUCGAUGGCAAAUAGGCUUAUUGCAUUGUGUCAAGAAAAGGAAAAGUCUAAGAAAACGGGUCGUCGCAGCUCAAAAUCUGAAGUCCCAAUUUCCUGUGCCAAAGAUAAAGCAGUGAAGGUCAAACCUCGUCGGUCAUCAUGCAAUGCAGACUCUGCUGACACUUUUUCUAAUUUUGAGGACUUUUUCACUUCCUCAGAUUUAAAUAACCGUCAAAGCAAACUGAGUCCUUUUCUCCUGACUAUUGAACCUAGAAGGUCGCCCAGCCCCCCUCCACUUACUUCAAAUGGUAAAGACUGCCGUAAACGCAGAGGAUCGAUGGGUGCUGCUCAGCAGGAAACUUGCGCAGCCAAAAAGAGGAAAACGAUACAUUCAGUAACUCCUUCUGCUGCAAGCCCAUCAGAAGGCCCCAGAAAAUGUGCGUCAUCCACUACAAAACGGUCUCUAGUUCCUGCUAUGUCUAAAGCCGUUAUCUGCGAAAGCAAACCUGAAUUAGCGGAGAAUGGUAAUAAGCCAGAGAUGACCUCUGUGAAGAACACCAUAUCACCAGACCAAAGUAAAAAAUGCCUAGAUGAACCUGGUGUUCAAGAGACCUUACACCUGACAAAUGGCACAGAUCAUGGAAAAGAGUUGAAACUAUGUCAGCCAAGUGUUGAAAGUAAAACUUCAGCUUCUGAUGCAAUAGACGGAAUAUCUGAAAUGUUUAAUGAACAAAGAAAUAAAUUCACAGAGGAGUCAAGGAAAAUCGAGAGAAGCAGAAAGGUCACAAGAUCGCUGGUUAUGACGAGCAUGUCCACUGAAAAGCAGAGCACCAUAAUCCAAGUUGUGAAAAAGUUUGGAGGCUUUGUAUUUUCAGAUGAGGUCUGCGAAACUACCACUCAUGUGAUUGCUGGAAGUCCUCGGCGUACAUUAAACAUUAUCCUAGGAAUUGCCAGAGGAUGUUGGAUCUUAUCCUAUGACUGGGUGCUGUGGUCUCUAGAACGUGGUCACUGGAUGCCAGAGGAACCCUAUGAGCUUUCUGAUUAUUUUCCUGGAGCUCCUAUUUGUAGACUGCAGCAUCAUCUAUCCGCAGGAGAGUACCACCAAGAUUUGUUCUCCAAUGUGCCUGCCAUCUUCAUAUCUCCAAACAGCCAGCCUCCUUGUGAAAAGCUCUCUGAUGUGGUGCAGUUAUGUGGUGGUAAGGUGUGCAAGACGCUACGCCCAGCCAAGGUAUGCAUCGGCAUGUUUCCUGGGAAGAAACCGCCAGACCUGGAGUGUGUCUCGGAGAAAUGGCUGCUAGAUUCCAUAACCCAAUAUAAACUACUCCCUCUUCAGAACUACCUCCUGGAGUAAUGAUAAUGCACAAUGUCUGAGGCCCCUCUGGGGCUGAAGAACAGAGCACAACUGUGAAUACAUGAAAUUGCUGCUCACAUAAUUGCCGGACGUUCUAUGAAAUGUUUUUAUGGUCUUUUAUUGUCUAACAUGUUGCAGAUUUGAAACUUCUCA